CUUCGAUCAAAACUUUGUGCGCGCCCGCGUCAAUGCAUUUUCGCAUCAAUCAACAGCGCAGCCGGUGCAAAAGCGUCCCGCCACCCCCCGGAGCCUGCCCGCCAAUGCGCGUGCAAAACGCGCGCCGCGGGGCUGCGCUUGUUGCAAACAAGUGCCCAGGGCGAUGAUCGCGCCGCUGCACACGCGCGUUUCGCACUCACCCGCUGCGCGCGACCUAGCACACGACCUCACCGCUUGUCCCAACGCAGACAAACAAUCUAAAAUGGCCAAGCUCGCUCUCGCCCUCCUCGCCGCCCCGGCCGUCGCCUUCGUGGCCCCCGGCCAGCAGGCCGCCUCCAAGGUCGUCGUCAAGGGCGACAUCGGCGUCGACCCCGGGCCGAUCGACCCCUCCGGCCCGUUCUGGGACGACCAGGAGGGCCUCGCCCGCCGCCGCGCCGUCGAGAUCAAGCACGGCCGCAUCUCCAUGAUGGCGUUCCUCGGCAUGAUGGUCCAGGAGCUGGGCAUCACCUUCCCGGGCUCCAUCAACCUCGAUGGCUCGGUGCAGUUCUCGGACAUCCUCAAGGACGGCAUGGGCUUCCCGGCGGUCGCCAACAUCCCGACGUUCGGCCUCUUCCAGAUCGUCGCCUUCGCCGGCUUCGCCGAGAUCGGCGCCAUGCCCGCGGCCCAGUACACGGGCGGCCCGCAGAACCUCCCGGGCGGCUACGACGGCUCCGUCGGCACCAUCCCGGGCGGCUACCCGUUCACGACGCAGAUCGAGGACGUCACGGCGCGCAACCGCGCCCUCACGUGCGAGCUCCAGAACGGCCGCGCGGCCAUGCUCGGCACGUUCGGCGCCAUGUGCCACUCGUGCGUCGACUCGUGCGACCACCACUUCUUCUACCCGAUCACGCACAACUAAGCG